AAAACGCUGCGCCGAAGCCGCGACGAAAGCAAGCGAACGCCGCCAGAACCGGGUGAAUAAGAUCCGCUCCUGCCUUCGGUCCGCCCGCUGUCGUUGAUCCGUGACAGACACCUCGAUCUGCUACGGUGUCCGCAGAGCCAUUGACGACCGCGUCGCUCUCUCUCUCUCUCUCCAUGCUCAUGACCGAGACGUACAAUCCGGCGGGCGCCACUGCCGCCUCCAACACGUCCAUGGACCCGGACGCGGAGGCAUUUAACGAGCGGCUGCGGCUCAAGAUCCAGCCCAGUCCGCCCAAAUUCCCGUACCGGGACGACCCGUUCGAACUCACGGUGUAUCUCGUCGACCCGGCCGACCACCUCAAGUCUGGCGUAACCGUCCCGCUCAACGUGGAGCUCUACGCGGCGGAGAAGAUGAUGCCUGUGGAGAAGGACAUCUUGCACAUUGAUCCGAGCACUAAGCCGGUCAUGAACGGCGACGGUAUCUGCAAACUCCGCGUGAGUAUCAGCGAGUGCUCCAUGGCGCUGGGCAACCGCAAGUUCGUCAUCCACAUCUCGGCCGCUACCACAAAGGAGAACAUCAAUCUGAACGUCACACCUGCCGUCACCUCCGAGAUGACAGUGAUCCAGCAUCGCCUGCUGAUCCAGGAGAAGCUGCCCGAACUCUGGUACAAGGACGAAGGAGGUCGCGACAAGUGCAUGACCCUGCCUAUCUUCCUCGUGAACGCCAAGAACGAGCGCGUGGGCAACCGGCCCGUACCUCUGCGUGUGACUCUCCUCUAUGAGAACGAACACCCGGUACUCAAGCAGGACAUCCUCAAGAUGUCCCCGGACUGCCAGCGCACCAUCGACUCGACCGGCAAAGCCGUACUUAAGCUGCGUAUCGAAGACGUGUCCAAGAACCACCAGGGCCAAGCAUUCCGUCUCAAGGUAGAAGCCGACACGGCGCAGUCUCCACUCAACUUCGACGUGGCGUACGACCUCAGUUCGUCCAUCUCGGUGCGUUCAAAGCGCAACAAACGUCGGCCGGGCAAGACUACGCCGGCUCAGAUCACACACCACAUCAUCGCUGGAGCGUCGACGCCAAUGUCGACGUCGUCGUCCCCUGCUUCCAACGCGGAGCACGAGAUGAUGCUAGCUGGAGCGUUCGGCACCGCCGCGUUCACAGCAGACGAUCGCCGCAAGAGGAUGCGCACUGGAGGCAGCGCGUCGCCUGGGACCCCACGUGUAGGUGGCAGCCCACAGUCCGCCAAUUCGCUGACUGGAGCCAUGGAGAGCAUUCUUACGUGGACGGGUGGAGUUGUGAAUGGACUCCACCAAUUGGAGUGGCAGACGGUGGGCUAUGAAAGCAAGACGGACGGCACGGCCGACCCAGAGCGACCCAUCUAUCGGUGCCCUGCUUGCUGGCGCUACAAGGACGUUAUGACGUAUGAGACGGCCCAACACGACACGAAAUGUUUGAUUGCCAAUCUGUUGCUAACGUACGCGACAGAUACGAUGGGCCACCUCGACUUCGUGCUCAAGGGAAUUGAGCGGUUCCCGGCGAUGAUUGCCAGCGCGCAGGCUGCCGCUCAGAAGGCAGCAGUAAAGCCGAUGGGACAAAUGCAGGGCCAGAACGCGGGCACACCGUCACUCGUGAGUCCACAGAAUGGCAUGAUGGGCGUAAAUCCGCUGACGGACGACACGUCCUCGAACCAGCAAAUGAUGAGCUCAGCUAUGAUGAUGAACUCCAGUAUGGGAAGCACUGCCACCGCCAAUCAAUUCUCGUCUGCAAUGGCAACCGCAACGUCAGGCGCUAUGAGUGGGCUCACUGGGAUGGAGGGUCCUCCUGGGCUCUUCCGUAACAACUCUGGUGGUCUGACGGAGUUUAUGCGCUCGCUGGAUGACCAGGACUCGAACGACUCGAUGUUUUACCAGAACCUUGCUGGCAGUGGCAACAACAACAGCAGCGGCGGCAAUAGCCAGAUCGCUGAUGCGAUUGAGAUGCAGGUGUUCUACGUGGUGGCAAGGAUGGUGACGCUGAACACCAGCAAUGCCAUCGGUUUCCCGGCAUUUGAUGUCAGUAUGAACUUGUUGGGAUUCUACCAAGAAGGCCGCGAGAACGCUACGACUGAAGUGGUAUUUGUACCUGUGGGAGACAUCCCCGCCAUCUCUCAAGGUGAAGUUCUGGAGACGCAGCGGUUGCUGCAAGCGGAAAUGAAGAACAACAGCUCUGCGGUGCACACAUUGGCACGCUGCAACAACGAUUUGGUCAAGUUGAAGGAGGAUGUCAUCCUCUUCCACUGGAACGCCAAGGACAGGAUCACCCCGAAGUGGUAAGGGAAGACUGGUGCGCUAUCAAUUGGCUUAUAUGAGCACCAAGUGACCACACGCUGAGAGGGCAAAUACUCAGCACACUAUAUGAAUCAAUCUCCACGCGAAAGUGCCGACAACGUGUGCAUGUCACAUACACGUAAUGUUUUGUAAAGAAGCGAUCUCGUGCGCCGAUGGAAGUCAAGAUGGAACGCUAGGUGGGAGAAAGAGAAGCACCGAAUGAAUAGUAUAAAGAAAGCUAUAUAAAUUCGAUUGAAUGACAUGCAGGGCCGCCCCUGUCUACCCAGUUCUUUCGCUCUAGUCUGAGCAGCGUUCAACCAAGAGUCGACGGAAUCCAAGCGUCACAGGCUGCUUGGUAUUGAUCAGGGAGCGCAUGGUCUUCUUGAACUUCUGCUUUGGAGGGAGAUCUCGACCGUUAAUGCUUCGAAGAACAUCCCCGACGGAUACAAGUUUGGACUUCUGAGCCUGUCCCGGUCCAAUAUGCUUCACGUAUACAACCAGAGCGUUCUGACAAUCAGCGUCUUGGUAGCAGCCGAAAAUGAUGCCUAGCUUCCCCUCACUCCAGAGAAUACUGUACGCUGAUCCGAACGUCGGUCUCCUGUUGUGCAAGGCUUCUUCAUCCGUAUCAUACGAAGAACUCGACAAGAAUGUCCGCUGGAAACCUGGUAGCCCUUCUUGUCUGCGGAAACGUAGCACGGCUGGUCUGGUUGCAACUCGAAGAAGCGUGCGAAGUUCCGUCGUACUCAAACCGGAAGUACUCCAGUUGUUAACGGAGACAAAGAGAUGCCCAACAGCGUCACUCGGCAGACCAAGCGUGGAUUCCUUGAGGAUUUUGUGGACGAUCGGGUAGUGACGUCGACUGGGUGUUUUAACUUUUGCACUCGGGUGAGGGAUUUCGAGUUGUAGUCCAAGUUGCGAUGCCGUCCACACCACUUCGUAUUCAUAGUGUUCGCGGAUCAUGGUGGCUUGUUGGGGACAACGAUGCUGCACUGCUGACGUCCUAACCAACGCGCGGUGACCAUCUUCAUCCAGCCCGUCCUCAGCAUUGGGUGAAAUGUCUGGAGUCGUCGACGUAGGCGAGCUAGAACUCUGUUCGGAGCUGUCUUCAUCGCUUGUGUCGUUGAAACCAGGUGGGCGGAAGACUAGCAGCACAGGCUUCGGUAGAGCCAACAGAUCUCUGUACAACUCAUCUAGCGGACGACUGUCAGCUUGUACGCCGUUUAUCGAGUACAACUGGAAUCCAUGUUGGAGGUGCUCAACAUUGGCCGAUGACCCUUUUCCGGUUAAACGGUUCACUAUUGCUGCACCUGUAAUGGCAUCUUCGAACAGUGUCAGCCCUAGAGGCCCGUUCUUCCACUCGAUCAGAACCUCGCUGCGCUUUGAUUCGAGGUUAUGCGAGUGAUUUUCACCUUCAGACUGUAAAAGUGAAUGGUGAACACCCGAAGGCAUCAGAGAUCUCAAGAAUUCCUUACAGCGAAGACUUGCAGCCUCUCGAGUCACCGCUGACAUUGCCAUACUGGGGAUCGCGCUACGUAGAGAAAAUGAGCGUCUUCGGUGCUCCCCCGACUCUUCACUGGCGGUUUGGCUGUCAAACCAGCCAUUCGCGUCGUCUUCGUUCGCGUCACGCUCAAUUGUCAAUCUCACUGGACGUGGACACGUUUCGAGGUAUUUUGUCGACAUGCUGAGUCCUGCUGCGACUGCAUCUUUGCUAUUGACUGCCACGAGUACGUCACCGACGCGAAUGCCUGAAGGAAAGGAAGAAGCACUAUUGAAGGUGCCGAUCCGAGUGACAACGGGGACGUCGUGACUCCCAUCUCCUGUGAAGAACACACCCAGUUUCUGAUGGCCUAGAAGGACAUCAAAGCGCACGCGUUUACGGAAUAUUGCUGACCGGAAUCGAAUGAUUGCAGGGCUUUUGGACAUUUGUACCAACACAAUGGCCGCCUCCGUGUCCAUGGUAUGCACUCUCUUGCCUGAUACAGUCUCCAAAACAUCACCUGGGCGGAUCCCAGCUUCCCAGACUUUCCGUGCCGUGACACGAUCCACUCUCAACUCGGCGUCUUCAUCUAGUGCAAAGGCAUCGGCUUUUUCCUCCGACUCUGUAGAUGUUGUCAAGGUGAACCCUGGGUCUCCACCUGUCCAGACAAAAAAGCGAAGACACCUAAAGUCAUCGUGGGUGGAGCUCCAUGACGUGGGACUGCAUGCAGUAGGUUGGACCAUCAUUGUUGCCGUUGUGGUAGUAGAGCGUGCACGGUCGACAUCCUUGUGUCUGGAGAAAAGAGCGCUGCGUAAGCGGUCGAACGGCAUCGAUGAGGCACCAAGAUGCAGUCGCUACGAGAGGAAAGCAGAAGUGAAAACAAGGCGGCGUAGUGAACACACAACCGUAUGAGUGAUGUAGACAUCAAGAGGAAUCCUCAUUGCCAUCACUAUCGUCCAUCUGUGUCCAUCCAAGUCUCGUAACAAGCAUCAUAGGUAUCUAAUAACAUAUUCACCACGGAUAAAUGAAGUACUUUAAUAGUCUCUUUGCGUCG